AUGGAGGCCGAAAGCGAGGAGCUGGUCGCCCUGCAAGCGGCGACGGACGUGUCAGCGUCAUCGACGCCAACCGAGAACCAUAACCACAACAGGAUUCGCAGGAGGAACGUGCUCGAGUCUGCGACCAAGACGGACGGUUCGGCGGCGACGACGAGCGACACGGAGCGCGAUCACGUGCCUCUCGUGAUCCUGCCCGACCGCACGAAAGCGUGGCGCGACGGUGUCGCGCCGCGGAUACCGGAUCUCGUCGCCGACGUGGCCGACAAGCAGCGGAACGGCGUGCUGACAUCCCACGACGAACAUCACGGCGGCACGGCGAUCGCGGACGGCGGGAUCCUCACGAGUCGCGAGAGGAUGAAGAUGAGCGUUAUCCGCAGCAGCAUCGCCAAUCCGGAUUUUACGUUAGGAGAGCUAAGACUGCUCGGCUGCAGCAGCGAGGGCUUCGUUAAUGAUGAUGUACGAAGGGUAUUGUGGCCGAAACUCUUGCGACUGGUACAAUUGGAUGAGCUCGCACCUGUUAACGGAUUAGAAACUGUGCAUACUUACAUACCAAAUGAGAUUUAUCAGCAGAUACUAAAAGAUGUGGCACGUAGCGGCAGUCAUAUCUCACAGAAUGCAACAGAAAAAGAGACAGAAAGCUUCCAAGAGCAGUUAACUCAGCUUAUGUGCUGGGUACUUCAUAGACAUUCCCAAUUGAAUUACUACCAGGGAUACAAUGACGUGGCGGCGACUGUGUUACUCGUGAUGGGAUUACAAACAGGCUUGUAUGUGCUUGAGAGUAUCUCGUUGGAAUUCUUGGAAAGAUUCAUGGAAAAGACUAUGGAAAAAGUGAAUCAGGAAUUAUUCUAUAUAUUUGCAUUGCUGGAAAGAGUACACCCUACCCUUUUGGAACAUUUAGAAAAUGUAGAACUGUUUCCACACUUUGCUCUGGCUGAAUACACAACGUGGUAUGCACACAAAUAUGCAGAAAAUCGAAAAUUGUUGCAUAGACUAUUUGAUUUUUUCCUGGGUAGUCCCCCAUUCAUGCCUCUCUAUUUGAGUACAGUAAUUGUUGCACAUAGAGCUACAGAAAUCUUCAAUACUACACCCGACAUGGGACACACACAUAAGAUAUUAUGUACGUUACCAGACGACUUGCCGUUUGAGAAUCUUUUAGUAGAAGCAAAGAAUUUAUAUCGACAAUAUCCUCCUGAAUCUAUCAGUAAUGAUGUCAAGGAUUACGAUCAUAAGAGAAAGAUUAAAGAGCAAGAGUGGAAGGCAAAGGCGGAAGCGAGCCGUCAGGAGAGAGAGAGACAACGGAAAUUAAAAAUUGUCCAGUCAACACCAAGAAUAUCUUAUCGCAUUAGAAGUUAUAAGACUAUUACUGUUGUCACUAUUUUAGCUUUGGGAAUAUAUGCUUUCAUAAGAUCCUCGACAGGGCUUAACUGACAUUAGGAGAUAUUAUUUGUUGUAAAAAAAAUAGAAUUUUUAACUAUUUUCUAAAGUAGAAGUCCUGUACUUCUUGAUAUGUCAGCUUUGAUUUGACAUAUUUGAUAUAUACUGAGAUUUGGGAUAAGAAUUUAAAAAUAUAGGAUUGUAUAAGAGCGAGCACCAAAGAAAUGAAGGGGCAAGAAAUAUGUGUUGCUAGGAAUAAUUGAAAGGUUUAGUUAUCAGUAUUUGAACAAAUUUGUUCGAGGACACACGAGUCAAAGUCUUGUGCAUUCCUACGCUGCCUUUAUGCUGUGUUCUGGAGGCUGACCUGAAUUUUUUAAUAUGUUAAAAAAGAAUCAACUAUAUGGAAAUUUAUAGGAAAGCAACAAUUUAAACUGUUCAAAAUUACUAAAAGUUUAAAUAGUUAAAUUGGGCAUCUAAUAAAACGUAUAUAAGCUUUUGUGUGUAAUAUAUAUGUUUAUAUGUUAUGAUCUGUGAUUAGAAAAAAAUUUUAUCUAUUUAUAAUUACAUCUAAAAGAAGAAAAAUUAUGAUAAUUAAUCGUUAUGAUCAAUAAAAACAUUUUAUUUGUUAACAACAUUCAUUUAUUGUCAUUUUUAAUGAUGAGUUUCUUCUUUAUAGUAGUUUUUACAAUACCAUUUUGUUUUAGAAAUGUAUAUUUAAUUAUGUCAUUUAGUUGAUUAAGUUUGAUGACACUCGAUAAAAGAUUACAAUAUCAAUGUUUACAUUUCACAUAAGAUAUUUAUUAUUUUUCACCAUUUUGUACAUAAAUAUAAUUUUGUAGAAACUUUUACUGUGCUCUGAUAAGUGUUUAUUCUAAAUAUAAGUCUAUGUGUGUUUACGGAUUUAUUUAUACCAAAAGAUGCAAGAUUACAUUUACCAAGAAAAUUGUGGAUAUUACCAAGAAAAUUGUGAAGUUGUAAAUAUUUUAUAAAUUUGAAAAAUGUGUUUGUUGAGAAGACUUCUCUUUCCUAAGAGAAUGCUUCUUACAUCAAAUUUCUUGAGUCUUAAUAAUAUAUUAAUAAUAUAAUAUAUUAUUAUAAGUAUUUACAACACACACACAUGGCAAUUAUAAAUCAAUGUAAAUAUAAUAUUAGGAUAUAUUUACAAUACAAUGGAGUUCCGACUAGCAGACUAUGAAUCUGAGAGAUUUCAUUGUUAUUCUAAUGUGCUAUACCAGCCACUAAAAAAAUAUGUUGCUGUACAGAUGUGCGCGCGCGCUUGUGUGUGUGUGUGUGUGUGUGUGUGUGUGUGUGUGUGUGUGUGUGUGUUAUACUAUAUAUCGCUAGUCAUUUUAACUUAUUUUUUGUUAUGAGAUCAUAAAAAUUGAUAAUACUAAAUAUAUAAAUAUAUACGCAUGAGGAGAAAAAGUAUUAUAUUUAUAGAAAAUGAGAGGAUAGCCAGUUAAAUGUUGAUAUUUAGAACAUUUUUGUAAUUGCACCACUUUAUAAUAUUCCCAAUUGAUAUUUGCUGAUAUAUUAAUGUAAUGAUAUAUUUUAAUGAAUGUAGUUAAUAAAAAUAUAUUUUCAAU